UUAUUUUCUCCUUUCAUACAUAAAUUAAACUUUAAAUGACUAAGCUAGGGAGGAUUGGGAAGGACAAGCUCCACUGUUUGGUAUCAAGCUUAAUGCAUGUUGGUUAAGAGACGAGGCUGUCCGGCUGUGGAUAGGUAUCAAAGUAGUACGUAGGUUGCAGUGUACCCUGCCCGCGUAGUGGGUAUAAAAGGCCCGGGAAGUGAGCUCAUCGGCUUAGUUUGCUGUGGAUGCUCCGCAGGUUUCGAUCAUGGUGCUCCCCUCGAAUUACUUGGUGCUGGUCGGCUGUUGCUGCCUGGUGCUCACGGCCACCGCGCAGGUUCCCAUAACGCCCCGAGAGUGCCCGGAAAACGAGACCUUCCUGGCCUGCGGUCCCAGCUGUCAGACGGAAUGUUCAACGCUGGGGAAGCCCUGCCUGAUCAACCACAUCCGGUGUCCGGAUGGGUGCUACUGCACCAAGGGAUUCGCCAGGAACCCGGCGGGCAGGUGCAUUCCCCUCGCCAAGUGCAGCACAGGCGGCCGCGGAAGGCAGAUGGGUUACCGAGAAGAAGCUGACUAAGAACAACUCGAGCACUGCAGACUGGAAGGCGGUGAAGUCAAUGGGAUGAUCGCGGCAUUGUUUGCGGCAGUGGAAACGACAAUCGGGCCACUCGACAAGCGUGACUUGAAUGGUGAAUCGGAAUAAAGGCGGCAUCUGGCUUGGCGGCUCGGAACCAGAUGAGAGUGUAAACUGGAA